UCCAGCUCGGAGACACGACACUGAAUUAAAGCUGGGCGACUCUCCUCGGACAGCAUGGGGAUUUUAUCCGACUUGUGAACGCGUCUGGAAUAAACGCAGCACCAUUUUUGGAACAUCUUCACCAUCAGCGUGGACUCUUUGGUUUCUUGUCGCUUUUCUUGUUGCGUUAAAAAACCGAGAGGAAGAAGAAGGAAAGCAAAAAAGGAAAGAUAAGGUGGCACUCUUGGCAUUUCAAAAAAAAAAAAGAACGAGCAGGAGUGUGUCGGAGGAUUGACAAUGCGGCUGGAGUGUGUGAGCAGCGCCUGAGUUUCGGAGGACUGACUCCCUGAUGCGGUGUGAGUCCCGGCGGCUCCGUGGUUCCGCACAGCCGCCCUCGGCGCGCCCAAAGCCGGCCUCGGCGUGAUCGGGGGACUCGGUGCUGCGCCGCCACCUCCAUCUCCACCUCCACCUCCAGUACCUUCUUCUUCCUCCUUUUCAUCCUCAUCCUCCUUCACCUCCUCUUCAUGGCGCAGCGGUACGAGGAUCUGGUGCAUUACGGAGGGGACGGACUCGGGAUCCCGGGCCCAGCGGUCUACGGUGAGCCUCACGCGGCGGCGCGCGCCGUGCACGCGGUUCACGGGGCUCCCGGUCCCACGGCGGCCGCCGCCGCCGCCGCCCUGCACGCGCACCACUAUCAGCUGUCGGCCGCUCCCGGCGUGGGCUCGGCUGUUAACGACGCGCUAAAACGCGACAAAGACGCCAUUUAUGGACACCCGCUGUUUCCUCUGCUUGCACUGGUUUUUGAGAAAUGUGAAUUAGCGACGUGUACUCCGAGAGAGAGCGGCCUGGCGGCUGAUGUCUGCUCAUCCGCGUCCUUCGAUGAGGACAUUACCGUGUUUUCAAAACAGAUAAGGACAGAAAAGCCGUUCUUCGCGCCCAAUCCAGACUUGGAUAACCUGAUGGUGCAAGCCAUACAAGUGCUCCGAUUUCAUCUACUAGAAUUAGAAAAGGUCCACGAGCUUUGCGAUAAUUUCUGUCAUCGGUAUAUCAGUUGUCUGAAAGGAAAGAUGCCCAUGGACCUGGUGGUGGAUGACAGAGAAGGAUCUUCCAAAUCCGACAGUGAGGAAUUCAGUCGGACCUCCGGCGGUACCGCAGAUCAAAUGUGUUGGAGGGAAGAUGACUCCGUCUCCGUUCACUCCACCGAAGGUCCGGCACCCUGUGGCGGGCUUUCUAGUUCUCUCAACGGAGACAACAGUAGUGAACAUGGUGACCUUUUGGACCAUGGUGCUGCUUCUCCAAGCACGGGGGAUGAUGACGAGACGGACAAGGACAGGAGGAACAACAAAAAACGAGGGAUAUUUCCUAAAGUGGCCACAAACAUCAUGCGAGCAUGGCUGUUCCAGCACCUAACACACCCAUACCCCUCUGAAGAGCAGAAGAAGCAGUUGGCUCAGGACACAGGUCUCACCAUCCUCCAGGUCAACAACUGGUUCAUCAACGCCAGAAGAAGGAUAGUCCAGCCAAUGAUCGAUCAGUCGAACCGCGCAGUAGGUCACGGUGGGCCGUACACUCCUGAGAGUCAGCCAAUGGGAGGCUACAUGUUGGACGGACAGGCUCACAUGGCCUCUAGAGCUCCAGGUUCACUAGGGAUGGGGAUGGACAGUCAGUGGCACUACAUGUAACCAAUAUCUUUUACACCUACCUAGGUGUCAGCACCAAAGAUGGCGAAUCGUCAACGCUACAAAUCCCAGAAGCCUGAUAAAUUACCUCUCCGUGGCUUAAGGAAUGCAAGUGCCUCGCUGCCACCACAGGGACUGCUGCAGCAGGCCGUUACAGCCGUUUCGUUCAAAAUGGCCGCCCCAGCUGGAUUCUGGCGAGGACUGGGGCAUCAAUCAUAAAGAGUCCAAAAAAAAGAAAACAUAAAAAGAAAACCUCUCUGCUCCUCCCAGCCGUACCUGCUAUAGGCCUGAAGACAAGGACUGAACUGCCUUAAAGGAUACGGACGCUCAAAUGUUAACCCUCAGAAAAAUGAUUUUAUCAUGGUGUUCAAAUGUUUUUUGGUGUUUUUAGUCAUAUUCUAGGGUUUCGAAGUUAAAAACGGCUCAAAAAUGACCUCCAUAGACAACUUACAGUUAAAGCAUCAAGUUCCCUAGUUACAACAUCAACUUCCUUAGUUACAACAUCAACUUCCUUAGUUACAACAUCAGUUUUCCUUAGUUACAAAAUCAACAUUCUUAGUUACAGAACCAACUUCCUUAGUUACAACAUCAAGUUUCAUUAGUUACCGCAUCAACUUUCUUAAUUACAGCAUAAACUUUCCUCAGUUACACAAUCAAAUGUCCUUGUUUACAGAAUCAACUUCAUUAAGUAAAGCAUCAACUUUUCAACUUUUCCUUAGUUAAUGCAUCAGUUUUACUUAGUUACAGAAUCAACUUUUUUUAGUUACAACACCAGCUCACUUAGUUACAGGAUUGUCUUCCUUAGUUACAGCAUUAACAACCGUGGGUACAGCAUCAAUGUCCUUAGUCUCAGGUUGAGUUUCCCUUGUUACAGCAUUAAUGAUUUAGCUACAGGAAAUUUCUAAACUAUUAUUAUUAUUUACAUUAUUAAUUCUUUAGUUAUAGAAGUGGCUUCCUAAUUUACAGGAUUAAAUUCUCAGUUAUUGCGUCAAGUUCCUCAGUUACAGGUUCAUGUACCUUAGUUACAGCAUCAACUUCCUUAGGUAUAGGAUCAUGGUCCUUAGUUACAACAUUAACUUUCUUAGUUGCACCAAUAACCUGCUUAGUUACAGGAUUCUGUUCCAUAGUUAAAGCAUCAAAUUUCCUUAGUUACCAGAUCGUGUUCCUUAGUUACAGCAUCAACUUACUUAGUUACAGGAUUGUCUUCCUUAGUUACAUCAUCAGCUUUCCGUAGUUACAAGAUCAUGUUCCUUAGUUACAGCAUCAACUUUCCCUAGUUACUGCAUCAACUUACUUAGUUACAGGAUCAUGUUCCUUAGUUACAGCAUCAACUUCCUUAGUUACAGGAUUGGCUUCCUUAGUUACAGCAUCAACUUUCCUUAGUUACUGCAUCAACUUACUUAGUUACAGGAUCAUGUUCCUUAGUUACAACUUCAGCUUUCCGUAGUUACAAGAUCACGUUUCUUAGUUACAGCAUCAACUUACUUAGUUACAAGAUCAUGUUCCUUAGUUACAAGAUCGUGUUCCUUAGUUACAGGAUUGUCUUUCUUAGUUACAUCAACUUACUUAGCUACACCGACAGUGUGCUAAGUUACAGGAUCAUGUUCCUUAGUUACCGCAUCAACUCGCUUAGCUACAGGAUUGUUUUCCUUAGUUGCAACAUUAACUUCCUUAGUUACACCAAUAAGCUGCUUAGCUACAGGUAUUCCAUAGCUACAGCAUCAGCUUCCAUAGUAUUGUGAAGUCGUAAUACUUAGUCACAAGGUCGUCUUCCAUAGUUACAGGACCAUUUGGGCAUUGAUGGAACAACAACCAACCGAAAUCAUCUCCGUUAAAACAGCAAUAUGGCAUCUGGUAACAAUACACUGAUUCCUGAAGGCAGUUUCUCCAGUGUUGUUAUGUUUGAAUGCUCCCUGUGUGAAAUGAUUGUAGAUACAUUGCAUACUUUUGGCACAUUAAAUCUUCAGUAAAGAUGUUGAUGCUGUAAUCCAAAAUAUCAAGGUUUCAAGCUGUUGUUCAAGCCUGGUUCUGGUGCUUGAUGGUAAAAGUUACAAUCGACAUUACAAGGUUAAACAACACCAUGUGUAAGAUUUACGAGCAUUUUAUCUCUUUUUCUCACAGACCCAAGCCGAUUUGAAUAGUCCAGCAAAAAAAACAUAUGGCCUGUUUUUUUUUUAGCUAAAUGUCCCAAUGUUGUGUAUAGGGGUUAAUUUUGUGCUGCUUCGAACUCACCCUGAAACCACACCGAAUAAAAUAUGCAUUUUGAGGUUUAACGGUGACCUUUAAGCAGUUAAAAACUAUUUUCUCACCAGCAGCAGGAGAACCUGCACACAUUUCAAGGAUCUCCUUCACUGAGAUCAACGUGGAAGUACAUUAAAGAAACGGCAAGGCUUUGAGAAAGACAUUGCAAAAAAAUAAACCCACAAAAAUUUACCAAAAAAAAGCUUGUAUUGAUGGUACGGUUUGAUUUUAGAUGACAUAGGCACUAAGCUUGCAAAUUUCUAAGGUUGAAUGUAUAAUUUUGUAGUGCUGCAAACACCAAAUGCAACGAUGUUUACUUUUUAACGAAACAUGCCGUGGACGCAUCUGCGUUUUGUUUAAAAAAAAAAAAAAAGGAUGUUUCUUGCGGUUCUUAUGGGAUCUGCUGCAUUGCUUAUCUCUUGAACGAGGAACGAUGCGCAAACAAAACCCUGCAACAAAGAUGAUUGUAAAUGUUCUGGUUUGCAUCGGUACACCGUGUUCUGUAUUUUCCGCACUAUGAGUGUUCGUGUGUGAGAGUGUGUGUGUGUGUGUGCUGUUUUCAUAAAACUUUUUACCUCAGUA